AUGAGCUGGAGCCUCGCAAGAAGUACGAUUCGUCGGGGUUGUGACUCUCUUGGACUCAGGAUGGCGUCUUCUUCUGCUCCGACACUUCGCAACACCCCCGCCUCGUCGACCGACCUUGCGCCGCUACUGGAGCAGGGUUGGUCGCUCGCUGCGCCAGCUUCGUCGUCACAGAACAAGCUCAAAAGGGAAUUCAUCUUCAAAGACUUCUCGCAAGCCUUUAGCUUCAUGACAAGGACAGCUCUGAGCGCCGAGAAGCUGAACGUGAGCAGGACCAUGAAUCCAUGAUCGCCGUCUCCUCGUUUGGUUGGCGCCAAAUGCUGACAGCAUGGCGUUUUCUGACACUGCUCGGUUACGGUAGCACCAUCCUGAGUGGUCCAACGUGUACAACAAGGUCAUCAUCGAAUUGACGACGCACGAUCGCGGUUCGUCGCUGACCGGCCUCGAUGUUCGGCUCGCGACGAGGAUAGGCCAAUUUGCGCAGGAAACGGGAGCUUCAUAGGGUGCCAAUACUACCGAAUACGGAAAUGGGCGUCCAAGUUCAUCGUUCUAAUCGCUAUCAAGGGUUUAACAUUGUCCGCUUGGAGCUGAUCGUACACCGAGCGCCUGAACUGCUGCGACGCUUCGCAGGCAUGCUUACACUGUACGUUAUCAUGAGGAUAGGCACCCAGGCAAAUUCGGACAUGAUUUUUGUGAGCGAGACUUUCAAUCAACGCACACAUAUGCCUGGCACAAGCGACGAGUUUCAUUGUGGACGCCGACGUUAGAGUCCCCAAAAACCAGGGCAAACUCGGUCCUGAUCGCCCUGAUCGGCCUGAUCGGCGUAAAGAAUCUGCGAAGAUUGUGGUGGUCACCGGUCACCGGCCACAACCGUGUGCUAGGGUCUGGACCCCGAGCGUCCGACAGGAGCCUGGCGAGAUAGCCGGGCUCAGUCACCUUGAAGAAGUGUACCACCUUGGUAUCUACCCAGCUACGUAUGUAGCUAAUACGAGUCGGGUGACUAGUCGCUCCCCGCCGCUCGUGGCCCGAGAAGAGCCGGCGUCAUGAGCCCUCGGAAACCCGACGUCAUCGUAGCGGGGAUUCAGAUAGCGAGGGACCCUUCUCUUACCCUCUUACCUCAUCCGCUUUACAGCUCUCUCAGACCUCCGACACAUACGAACACAAAUAGCACAUCAUGUAAGUUGUUGGUUGCGACAUGCCAUCUGCGGCUCACGGCUCUUCCGACUGACCGAGUGCUGCACAUGUGCUUCUACGUUGCGCAGGUCCGCCAACCCAGAUUCGAACUCGGCCAACCUCGACACGACCACGGCCAGCACGACCGCACCGUCGGUUGACUCGUCUGCCCCCGCGCCCACAGCAACAAGCCAAACCAAGACGUCGGCCACCGCUCCGGAACACACUGAGUACCCCGAACAGAAGCAUGCCGGUAAAGGUAAGCCGCAGCUCUUGAGUUCUGGGUCGUGACUCCCCGAGCGACCUCGGUCAGGGAGAUUGACGCCCGAAAUAGCUCCGGCGAGCCUGAGCGAGUCUCGUCUUCUUCACGGGCUGAACUCUGACGCACCGCCUUAUAUUACUCGUUCUCACUUUCUCGUUGAACAGUCGGAUUGGGUCCUAACUACAAGGUGCACCCUACCACUUCCGACAAGAUCGAGGGCCAAAAAGACGUCUUAAUCGGCAAGAUCACCCGAAACGAGGAAAAGGUGCAGGACGGCCUUGACAAGAAGACUGGUGACAAAUGGGAGAAGGAGAAGGCCAAGGAUGAUGCGGAGGAUCCCUUCGCCAAGAAAGAGGCCUAG